GUCCUAACUGGUAGGCUAUAGAAACAAUGGAAGAAAAACUGUCUUCAGCUUUGCUGCUCAAGUUGGCUAAUACAGGCUCACCCAAUUUUCACUUAUGCUCCUUAUGAGGAUUCCAGCCCUCAGCAGUACCCUUACAGAAUGAAGUGAAAGUGGAAGUGAUGCAACGAAGGUAGCUGCCAUCCGCUUUGAUAUGGAAAGUGUGCAUCUCAUGAAUGUGACCUGGCCCCUGGUGAAUUACCACUGUACUACAGAAUAACGACCUAAGCAGAACACAUGGAGAAUAUUAACAAUGUCACUGAAUUCAUUCUCUUGGGCCUCUCUCAAAAUCAAAAGGUGCAGAAAAUAUGUUUUGUGCUGUUUUUAUUCUUCUAUAUAAUUAUCGUGGUGGGAAAUAUGUUAAUUGUUAUCACUAUAAUUAGCAGCUGCCACCUGACCUCCCCCAUGUAUUUUUUCCUGAGCUACCUGUCCUUUGUAGAUAUAUGCUAUUCUUCUGUCACAGCCCCUAAAAUGAUUGUAGACCUCCUCACUGAGAAGAAAACCAUCUCCUUUGUAGGCUGCAUAGCACAGUUGUUUGGAGUCCAUUUCUUUGGUUGCACAGAGAUCUUCAUCCUCACAGUGAUGGCGUAUGAUCGAUAUAUAGCAAUCUGCAAACCUCUCCACUAUACAACCAUUAUGACCAGGCGCCGGUGUGGCCAGAUGGUUGUGGCUUCCUGGCUGGGGGGGUUUAUGCAUUCCAUCAUACAGACUGUCCUGACCACCCAGCUCCCUUUCUGUGGGCCUAACAAGAUCGAUCACUAUUUCUGCGAUGUGCACCCUUUGCUGCAGUUGGCCUGCACUGAUACCUAUGUUGUUGGCAUCAUUGUUGUUGCAAAUAGUGGGAUGAUUGCUUUGGGAAGCUUCUUCCUCUUGGUUGUGUCUUACAUUGUUAUCUUAGUUUCUCUAAGAUCUCGCUCCUCUGAAGGGCGUCUCAAAGCCCUCUCCACUUGUGGGUCUCAUAUCACUGUAGUGGUUUUAUUCUUUGGACCAUGCACAUUCACCUACAUACGCCCUUCCAGCAAUUUGUCUGAGGAUAAGAGUGUUGCUGUGUUCUACACCAUUAUCACUCCAAUGCUGAAUCCAUUAAUCUACACUCUGAGAAAUGAGGAGGUGAAAAGUGCCAUGAGAAAACUGUGGAGCAGAAAAGCUGGAGAUACAAAGGGUGAUAUCUAG